AUGACACCCGCCAAUAUUUUCGACUAUUCGCGGCUUUUUUGCUCGCUCCUGACGGCGUUGCUAUCCUUACUGGCACCAUUGGGAGCCGAAAUCUCUUCAGCACGGAGCGUUAUCCGGGCUGGCUGCGCUUUGUUUGCUCUGGCAUGGAGCAACGUGGUGUUCCUCUGGACUCUGUCCAUCCUUCACCAUAAUGCCUACAGCCUUUCUACUUUGCACUCUGUUUUCUUUGCUAUAGCAGCUACUCUACAGGUAGACAGGCUGAGCGACGACCCGAAGCGCCUCUGGACACCCUACAAGUGGGCUUGGUGCUUGGGGUGUAUCAGUGAUGCCAUCGGCGUGGCACACUUCAUUUCCCGACGAAAUAUCGACUACAUAGCAUGGUUGGACCUCGCUUUCGCUAUAGGGAAGCUUCUAGUCUACGCCGGUAUACAAUGCUGCGUUUCGUUCGGCAGCGACCACAGGUACAAACGAGUACCUCAGGACGACGCCGAAAGCACGAUACCCGAACUUGACGAAAUCGACAUUGAGACGGGCCCGGGAACAGCAGCCAAAACAUCACAGUUACGCGACCAGUUCAAGAUCUUCUGGCGAUUUAUCUGGCCGAGCAACAACAGGGCGAUGAAAGGGCGCUUCAUUCUCGCACUAGUGCUCAAUUCAGGGAUACAAGUAGUUGGUCUCUGGAUUCCCCACGCUCUUGGCCGCUUCAUCGAUCGACUACCAAUUGCUAAGACGUGGGGCUCAGUCGUCUUUCCUGUCAUCUUCUGGUUUGCGCUUGAAUUCUCAAGUCCUAUCCUCCUCGGGCUAAAGCAACGGGUAUGGAUAAAGCUCAGAAGCUAUCGCUCAAGGUCGCUCGACAAAGCUACAUAUGCCAACAUUAUGAACGCAGACCACUCUUUUCAUACCACCAAAAGCCCAACAGAGCUCAUCAACAGCGUCGACAAAGCGAAGGGCGUCGAGAAUUCGUUCGACGGUCUGGUGGAACAUUCAGCUGAUGGGCUUUUCAUGAUCUACGUCAUGAUUCCCGUUAUAGCUGCAAGAUUUAACCAAUCAAUACUCAGCCUUAUCGCAGUUUGUCUCAUGACGAAAUAUGUCAUUUUCAGACGAGCGGUCACAGCACUCUUCCGAGCUAACGAUGUCCUGAUCUCACUCAAUGAGUUACACAAGAAGCGGCGGGAAGACACUGUGAGAGGCCGUGCAACGGCAGCCGCCUUCCAGCAGCUAGGAUACCUUGUCGGUGCAAACGACAGCAGAAUUGAGGAGCUCGGCCAAGCCUUGGACACAUACCUCAUACACGCUUACUGGUUCUGGGCGAGCAAUCUAUUGGUAGACUGCGUAGGACAGUACGUCGGCAUACUGCUUGUAUGUGACCAGGUUCUCUCUGGAAACAUGACUACUGGAGAUAUUUUUGUGUGGCUUGCAUACUGGAACCAAGUGGCCUCCCCGGUAACUGCAAUAUUGAAAGCCCUGGAAAACCUCUCGAAGAGUUUUCAGGAUGCUGCCAAAGCAGGGGAGAUUCUGGAUAUGAAACCCCGAGCGACGCAAGGGAAAGGCUUGACAGUCACACAGGGUGGAUUGGAGCUUAAGGAUAUCACGCUCAGUCUCGGAGGCAACGCAAUCUUCGAGAACUUCAACCUCAGUGUCCCCGGCGGUACCAAGGUGGCUCUCGUUGGGCCUUCGGGUGUGGGAAAGUCAACAAUAAUCGGCCUCUUGAGCGGCCAAAUUGUACCCGACAGCGGCGAGGUCUUGGUGGAUGGGCAGAACAUCAACGAAGCUGACCACGAUGUUCUCGCGAGUCAUAUUGGCGUCCUCGAACAAAAACCUCACGUUUACGACACCACGGUCAAGGACAACGUGCUCUACGGGAAGCGGGAAGCAACAGAUGAGGAAGUGGAAGCCGCCUGUCGGAAAGCUUGUAUUCACGACGACAUCGUCAGGCGUGAGAAAGGCUACGAAACUCCGUGCGGAGUGGACGGGAAGCACUUUUCUGGGGGCCAGGUCCAGCGCAUUACAAUCGCGCGGCUAUUUCUCAUGGACCCAAAAAUCCUCUUGAUAGAUGAAGGUACCAGCGCUCUGGAUGCAGCAACCGAAGGUUUCAUCAAGCGAAGCAUUGCGGAGACUUUCGAAAGUCGCACCGUUGUCACCGUAGCACACCGGCUGUCUUCUAUCAGGCAGGCAGACAUAAUAAUCGUGCUCGGCGAGAAAGGAGAGAUCGUCGAGAGUGGAACUCAUGACACACUCUUGAAGUUGAAGAGGAAGUACUGGGAAUACUGGCAGGAGCAUCUGGGAGAGCAGUCUUAA